AUGAAGGAACUACCACCAUUACCAUUAUGUGAGAUGAAGGAACUACCACCAUUAUGUGAGAUGAAGGAACUAUCACUAUUAAGUGAGAUGAAGCAACUACCACCAUUAUAUGAGGAGAAGGAACUACCACCACUAUGUGAGAUGAAGGAACUACCACCACUAUGUGAGAUGAAGGAACUACCACCAUUAUGUGAGAUGAAGGAACUACCACCAUUAUGUGAGAUGAAGAAACUACCACCAUUAUGUGAGAUGAAGGAACUACCACCAUUAUGUGAGAUGAAGGAACUACCACCAUUAUGUGAGAUGAUGGAACUACCACUAUUAAGUGAGAUGAAGCAACUACCACCAUUAUGUGAGAUGAAGGAACUACCACCAUUAUGUGAGAUGAAGGAACUACCACCAUUAUGUGAAAUGAAGGAACUACCACCAUUAUGUGAGAUGAAGGAACUACCACCAUUAUGUGAGAUGAAGGAACUACCACCAUUACCAUUAUGUGAGAUGAAGGAACUACCACCAUUAUGUGAGAUGAAGGAACUACCACCAGUAUGUGAGAUGAAGCAACUACCACCAUUAUGUGAGGAGAAGGAACUACCACUAUUAUGUGAGAUGAAGGAACUACCACCAUUAUGUGAGAUGAAGGAACUACCACCAUUACCAUUAUGUGAGAUGAAGGAACUACCACUAUUAAGUGAGAUGAAGCAACUACCACCAUUAUGUGAGGAGAAGGAACUACCACCAUUAUGUGAGAUGAAGCAACUACCACCAUUAUGGGAGGAGAAGGAACUACCACCAUUAUGUGAGAUGAAGGAACUUCCACAUUAUGUGAGAUGA